AUCUGAGCCGUUCAUAGACGAACCGUUUGUUUUUCCCUUUUGUUUGAUAACUUCACAAUUGUAUUGUUUAUUUGUUAUAAACUAAUUUUUUGACUUUCAGUAUAUUAAUUUGAUCUUUUAACCGCACAAUGUCUACCGAGGAAGAUGUUUUAACCAGUGAUGAACAUGGUAAUCGUGAAACCCGGCGCAACCUUAAUAUGGUUAAUACCCCUGGCUCUGCUAGCGGUACAAGUGCAUCUAACAUUAAUAACACUUUAAACGCGAGUAAUAUUGGAUGUUCUGGACUAAAUUCUAACAGUGAUCAGAAUUCUGCUCGUGAAGCUGCUGACAAUGACAGUGACAGUGGUGAAGAUCCGACUGGAUUAGAAGGAGCUGCUUUCCAAUCCAGAUUGCCUUUUGAUAAAAUGACUGCCCAGGAAGCCCAAGCAUUUUCAGAAAUUAAUAAUGGUCCCACACAGGGUGUAAAAAUAUUUCUCCACAUUCGAAACAGGAUCCUUCAAUUGUGGUUAGAAAAUCCUAAACAAGAGUUGACUUUCGAUGCCGCUCUCUCGCAAUUGGAUCCUCCUUACGAUUCUGAUGGUCCUUUAGUUAUGAGGAUUCAUGCCUUCUUGGACAGACAUGGUUAUAUUAACUUUGGAAUUUUCAAAAAACUCCGUCCCCCUCCUAGCCAUAAUGUUGGAAAAGUGAUUAUCAUUGGAGCAGGUAUUUCAGGCCUGGCUGCAGCCCAACAACUUACUCGUUUUGGCAUGGAAGUUGUCGUUUUAGAAGCAAGGGAUCGAGUCGGUGGAAGAGUUGUAACAUUCCGUAAAAAUAAUUUUAUCGCCGACUUAGGCUGUGUCGUGGUUAACGGUUUAGGUGGUAAUCCUAUGGCUGUAAUUGCCAAACAAAUCAAUAUGCAACUAAACAAAAUCAAACAAAAGUGCCCGCUUUACGAAUCGAAUGGCGCUACAGUGCCAAAAGAGAAAGACGAAAUGGUUGAAAGGGAAUUCAACCGACUAUUAGAAGCUACAAGUUAUCUUUCACAUACACUCGAUCUCAAUCAAGUUAAAGGUUGCCCCAUUUCACUUGGCCAAGCCCUAGAAUGGGUUAUUCAGCUUCAGGAAAAGAGUGUUAAGGAGAAGCAGAUAGAACAUCUCAAGUUGAUUGUCGAGCUCCACGAUAAACUGAAAGCAAAUCAACUUCAGAUGAUGGCGCUUAUGGAUAAAGUUGAGCAGUUACAUAAGGAACAUAAAGAAUUAUCAGAUAACAGAAAUCGAGAUAUUACACAAGAAUUUUAUUUUAGAGAAAUCUCGAGAGAUACUCGAUCUAUUUAUAAAGAGCUGGACUUACUUUUAGAGCAAGAAAAAGAGAUCGAGUAUCAAAUUAGAGAUUUAGAAAGCAAUUAUCCAAGUGAUGUCUACCUUUCAUCUCGAGACCGUCAAAUAUUGGAUUGGCAUUUCGCUAAUUUAGAAUUCGCUAAUAACACUCAUCUUAAUAACUUAUCAUUAAAACAUUGGGACCAACAUGAUGACUAUGAGUUUUCCGGCAGUCAUUUGACUGUUGGUAACGGAUUUUCAUGUGUCCCAAUGGCAAUGUGUGAUGAUCUACCUCCAAAUUGUAUCAUUACUAAUCGAGCAGUUAAACAUAUACGUGUAGACAAAAUAGGAGUUGAAGUCCUUGCAUAUGACCCGAAACGUCUUUACGCCUCACAAUCAGGCUCGACUCCGCAGCCAUGUCUUUUUUCAUAUACGGCUGAUGCAGUAUUGUGUACGUUACCUCUUGGUGUUCUUAAACAGUCUGUUGGUCAGAACAGUGGAAGUCCAUCAUUAAUGUCCAACAGUAUACAAUUCAUUCCACCUUUACCUGAUUGGAAAGUUCAAGCAAUACAACGCUUAGGUUAUGGUAAUUUGAACAAAGUUGUCCUUUGUUUUGAUAGAGCUUUUUGGGACCAGGACAGUAACUUAUUUGGUCAUAUUGGAAGCACCACCGCUUCAAGAGGAGAACUAUUUACAUUUUGGAGUCUGUAUAAAUCGCCCGUUUUAAUGGCUUUAGUUGCUGGUGAAGCUGCCAAUAUUAUGGAGAAUGUUACCGAUGAUGUUAUUGUUGGUCGAUGUUUGACCGUUUUAAAAACCAUUUUUGGUAGUGCAAUUGUUCCUCAGCCCAAAGAAACCGUAGUUACACGGUGGAAGACUGACCCUUGGACAAAAGGCUCUGGUUCUUAUGUUUCUGUUGACUCUUCUAUUUAUGACUAUCACGUCUUAGCGGCACCCGUAGUUUUUCCAAGCGAAGUAACAUCCGAUUCAAAUGAGCAAAUCGUCAAACAAAACGUUGCUAGACUAUUUUUCGCCGGUGAACACACAAGUCAUAACUAUCCAGCAUCCAUUCACGGUGCUUUACUCACCGGGUUCAGGGAAGCUGCUCGUAUAGCGGACCAGUUUCUUGGUGCACCUUACAUUGCUUAAAACCAUUCGGAUCAUUAUCAUUGUUUUCUCCCCCUCUUCCCAAAAACCUAUUUUUCCUCCUUCCCUCAAAAUUUACAUUCAUUCCGUCUUUUUAUAAUCAAAAAACAAUUGUAACAGUUCUCGUUUGAACAACAAGUGCCUUUCAUGAUCUCAAAAGUCGAACCAAAGAUUAUCCUAAUCACAUUCAAAAAAUUAUUAACUUGGACUACUAAAGUUUAAAGAAUCUAUUGUAUUUGUAUUAUUUUUUUCUUCGAACCAAAGUAAACUGAUCAAACUGGAACCAUUUUUAUUGAGUUGAAUAAUGCGAAAACUUCCAACUAAAUAAA